AUGCGGGGCUCUGCCAGGUGCGACCAACCUUUCCCUAGCUACUCGUGGGAACAACAUGAAUACAAAAAACAAAAAAAUCCAAAACCAAAUUUCGAGGCUGGACCAAAACCGGAGGAUGGACAAGGACUACCUCAGAAAAAUCGGCCUAAACGCCGCAGAAUUUGCGGCGCAGAGGUAAAAAGAAGGAGGAAAGCUAGAGAGGCAAUGGGAAAAGCACCCACGGGAGCAGCUCAUAUCACUCCAGCCCCUCCCAAAACAAAGGUGAAGGUGCCCACAUCGGAGGCUGACAACGGUUCCACCCCCAAAAGAGGACAGGGACCAACAGCCCCCUAUGUGAAGCGCCUUCAUCCAAGUACCUCCAUGGAUGGCACUCUGAGGAAGCAUAAGAAGUCACGAAGUGGUGGAAACGCCGCUACGCAUUCACAAAGCUUCGCGGAAGCCGCCUUAAGACAUCUUAAGGUCGCUAUUAUAGAUAAGGUAAACCCGUAUGGAAAGGUCACUGCUGACCGGGAAAACCUUAUUAAAUGCAGCCUGAUCGAGAAAUUGGACAGAACAACCUUGUCCACCUCCAGCAGCCAGUCUGAUGACGAUGGGGCGUUGGCAUGGCUGGAAAAGGCUACAGCUGAUCUCAAACCGUGGGAGGAAGCAUCACUGGUUGUAGUCAGUCAGGAUAAGCUCCCAAAACUUACCAAAGCCUCUCUAUGGAUCCCGGGGGAUGCUAAUCACACCUCUAAUGACCCAGAAAGAGGGCUGCAGAGGUUAACGGCGCAAAAUCCAGACAUGGCAAUUGCGAGAUGGUGCAACUUCCACCAUGAGGUAAAAAAGGAUCCUAAAGGACACCUGUUUGUCUUCGGAAUCGGAGACGACGAGAUGGCUGUCCUUAGGAAAAGGGCAAUGAGGCUGAGCUACACAUUCACCUCAUUGACUCUAAAAGCAAGCGCCAACAAAGUAAAGGACACCUCCUCGGAACCAGGAACCUCAGACACUCAGCAGCCGACGUCGGUUGUUGAGCCUGAGAUACCCCUAUUCCCACAGCAGGGAGAAGAUCAUCAGAUGAUGGUCGAGAACUCUGAAGAGGAGGCUCCGAAACGAGACGUCGGAAAAAAUAAGGUUACUAUUAUUCAACGCAACCUCCAACACAAAAAGGUGGCAACGGCGACACUAUGUCUCCGCCUGGAUGUAACGGAGGAUGCAAUAGCACUAAUCCAAGAACCUUGGAUAAUUAAGUCCAAAAUAACUGGUCUUAGCAGUUUAAAUGUUCAAAUUCUCAGCAUACCAAAUCAACAACCGAGAACAGCAAUAUAUGCUCCCAGAAAAAUCAAAGCCUCGUCCAUGGCGCAUUUUUGCAUCUCAGACGUAACUGCGGUUAAAGUGAAAUGCCCAUGGGGAGAGGGCAAAAAUAGAGAGUUGAUACUAGCAUCGGUCUACCUACCCUCAGAUGUAGCCACCCUACCACCAACAAAGGAAAUGGAAGAUCUGGUAGACCAUUGUCUCAGUCAGAAGGUAGAACUUAUUAUCGGCUGCGAUUCGAACUCUCACCAUUUAGGCUGGGCAGCAGAGAUAACAACGCUCGAGAGUUUACAAAACUCUGCAGACAAAGAGCUGCUUAGAAAACGUUCUGUGAGGAAAUCGAAGAAGACUCCCCGCAGGCUUCCAGGCUACAAAAAGCGCUCUCAAAGGACCCACAUCGGCAUAUUAACGAAGGAAGAUGGAAACAAAACUUCCAACCUUUGCGAAAGUGCUGAGGUCCUGAUGAAAACACACUUUCCCGGUUCUAGUGUCUCAACAGCACCAAACUGGAUGGAAGAAGAAAUCAUACCGUCAAUAAACGACUGGCAUCUCUCCAGAACAAUAAUUAAUGAGGAAAAGACCAAUGCUAACUUACGGAGCUAUUGCUUCGGUACCAAAAGUGCUACAAGCAACAGCGAUAAACAAACUAAACCAUAUUCAACGGAUGACUUGCAUAAAUAUAACAGGUGUCAUGAAAACAACACCAACUGCUGCAAUGGGAUCAUUGACAUCACGCCUCUAGAUAUAUAUGUCCAAGAGGUGACGCUAGUGACAAUGAUGUGA